AUGUCUGAAGAUACUUCACUUGCCAAACAUAUUGUGCCAAACAUCACUUUAGGAUCUAUUAUAGCUUAUGGAUCUACUUCAGUAGUACGUCAGGGUAAAGGUGGAAGUGGGACUCAGUAUGCGGUUAAAAUUGUUAAGAUAAGUAAUAGUGAAGCUGAAACGGCUGCUAAAAGAGAAGCAGCUAUUCAUCGAGUUCUAACUCAUCCACACGUAAUUGCCUUACGUGACUUUCAUCCGGGUAAUGGUUAUGCUUACUUUGUAAUGGACCAUGCUGUUAAUCGUGAACUGUUUAGUUAUAUAGAUCCUGGUCGAGGAAUGAGUGACGAAAUCUCUCGUUUGUACUUGCGGCAGUUGUUAAGUGCUUUGGUUUAUAUGCACCAACGCGGGAUUUGCCAUCGAGAUAUCAAACCAGAGAAUAUUCUACUUGAUAGUAACUAUAACUUACGUUUGGCUGAUUUCGGGUGUGCUACAGUUUAUCGAGAUGCUAAAGGCCGUCGACCUCUAACUAGACAGUGUGGCAGUACGAACUACAUGGCGCCAGAAGUUUUCCAUAUGUCCUAUGAUGGCGAGAAGGCCGAUGUUUGGUCUUUUGGACUUUUAGCUCUAGUGAUGUGGACGGGGACAGUUCCUUGGGCUAAUGCCUGUGCAGGUACUGCUGGAUACGAUAAGUACAAGUUAAGUCGUGAUCGGGACUUUGCCCCCUUUAAUGUCUUAAGUCGAGAGAAAAUGGAGAUCAUUGAUCGCAUUCUCUGUAUCAAUGAGAGUGAACGAGUUGGAUUUAGUAAGAUCUGCCAGUUUCCAUGGUUUGCCACUGGCAGUGCUCUAGCCUGGCCAUCUGGACUAGUUAAGGAUCCAGGAGCCGUAGCUUCACUUCUUCUUCCUCCUGAAAUUCUAGCUCUUUCCCAACCGGAUGCCUGUGUUUCACCUAUUGGCCAGGCCUACAGUUCUCAGCCUGUUUUUAUGAGUUAUAAUGAUCUACCCUGUGCCACGCGUAUUUAUGCCCAAGUUAAAGCCAGUGAAGCCCUGCGUAUUCUAGCCCGAACAUUAGAUGAUGUUCUUAUUCAGUACAAAAGAUCAGGCGGCAGUUUAUCUUUCACUACAGUUGAUGGCCAAAAGAAUCUUAUCAGUGGUGAAAUUAUCAGUCGCAGUAUCGGCAGUGAAACUCUCCUUAUCUUCCAAAGAACGCACGGCAACUGUCUUGAAUUCAAGAAAAUGUUCAAUAUCGUUAAAGACAACUUCAUGGAAAUCCUAGAAUCGCAACGCCGCCACUAA